AUGCGUACUCCUGUUCUGGCCCUUCUGCCACUGGCAAGUUGUGCAUUCGCAGGAUUCUUUGGCAACACCCCAGUCUAUACCGUCCCUCACGAUCAGUCUCAGAUCGAGGAGGCUGUUGAGGCAGCUGUGAACAUUCGCGAUGUUCCCAACAAUGUUGACUACCGCUGCGGUCCCAAGAUCGGCAAAUGCCCUAUUGAUACAUGCUGCUCCGCCUCAGGCUUCUGUGGCACAUCCAAGGCACACUGCCGCUCUCCAGAUUGCAAGAUCGACUACGGUCGCUGUGACGCUCACAAGUCACCCUACGGACCCCCUACCAAAGACAUUGUGCGCCCUCACAUCGGUCAGGUCCCAUAUGGUCCGAAGGAAAUCCGUUCGUGCGCUAUCCCCGGAACUGUUGCGUUGACAUUCGAUGAUGGCCCUACCCGUUACACCGGCGAUCUGUUGGAUCUGCUUGAUAAGUAUGAUACAAAAGCGACGUUCUUCGUUACCGGAAUCAACAAUGGCAAGGGCCAGAUCGAUGACUUCAGCUUACCUUGGGCUUCUUUGAUUGAACGAAUGCAAUCGAGUGGCCAUCAAAUCGCUAGUCACACUUGGUCUCAUGAGGAUCUUAGUAAGAUCACUCCUUCGCAGCGCCGUGAUCAGCUGGAGAAGAACGAAGCAGCUCUGCGAAAUAUCAUCGGCAGUUUCCCUACCUACAUGCGUCCUCCAUAUUCCAGCUGUAGCCCUGACACAGACUGUGGCAAUGACCUGGGCAAGCUUGGAUACCACAUCAUUUUGUACGACAUCGACACUGAUGACUACAAGAAUGACAGUCCAGAACUCAUCCAGCGGUCCAAGGAUAUCUUCGAUCAUGCGGUUUACGCUGGAGAUCCACACACCAAGUCUUGGCUUGUCAUUGCUCAUGACGCACAUGAGCAGACGGUUCACAAUCUCACGGAACACAUGCUCAAGACCAUGAAGAGACUGGGCUACCGCGGGGUCACUGUUGGUGACUGUCUCCGUGAUCCACGCCCGCUCUGGUACCGGAAAGAUACUCGAAUGCCCAGCCAUAAGAAAAUGCCCAAGAAGACUGCCUCGGCUGACCCCAAUAAGCCCAUCUCUUUUGAUGGCUCCUGUGGGUCCAACUACACUUGUAUGGGUUCUACCUUUGGGUAUUGCUGUGGGAGCACCAAUUCCUGUGGAAACACCACCUCUCAUUGUGGCACCGGCUGUAUGAAGGAUGCCGGUUAUUGUGCCGUCGAGGCUCCACCCAAUGGUGAUGCAUGGGACCCAAAGGUUCAUAGCAAGGGGAAGAAAUCUGAAGCAGAAGGCAGCGCCCGAACGAUUGGUACCGCAGCUGUGAUAUCUUUGUUCCUUGCGCUGAUUGUCGCGAUGUUGAUUGGAUAA